AUGUAUAAUAAACCCCGGGUUAAAAGUUUGAUCUCAAUUUUCCUGAUUCUCUCCAUCUUGCUCGCGGAAUUUCCCUUCUUCGCACAUGCGCUAUCUUCUAUUGAAUCGACCGAGGAUGUGCCAUCAACAUCACCACCAUCCCCCAUCACCACUCCGGAAUCUCUGAAAUCACCGAUAAUAACCAGCGCCGUCACCGAAAUCAUAACAACCGAAAUCAUAGAAACCCUCCCGCCCUCGUCGGAUCCGGAUUCGGAUCUCACACCCAGGAGCAUUUCGCUGUCAUCAAUGCCAUCACCAACGACAACCAGCACCGUCACCAAAAUCGUUACAAUUUUACCCAGUUCCAUACAAUUUUCGGGAACUGAAACCAUAGAAGCCUUCUCGUUCCCGUCGGGUCCCGGUUACGCACCCACGAGCAUUUCGUUGUCAUCAAUGCCAUUAUCAGCUAUAAGAGUCACCAGAAAGACCACUCCGACUGAAUCACACUAUGCGGUUCAUUUCACCCCCACAAAUGUUCCCCUCUCGCGAAACGCUUUUUCUUCGAACUCUUUCCCCAUUGGAAAUUAUUUUAGUUCACAUGUCAUUAUAAUUUGUUGGUUAGUUAUCACGAUUUCUUGGGUUUCAAUUUAA